AUGGCUGGCAAUAAGUAAAAACCAAUUAAAAAGGUUAAAUAACCUUCAUCUGAAGAAGAAGAGGAAGAUGAAGACAUAGAAUUAGAUAGCGAUUAGUUAGCAUAAUUAGAAGAUAGUGAUGAUUUAGUUGGUCAUGUAGAAGAUAGUGAUGAAGAUGAGCAAGACUAAGAAGAAUUAGAAGGCGAUUAUGAUGAAGAUGAAAGCCUCAAUUCAGAUGAAAUUCCUAAUCUCAGUAUCACAGAAGAUGAAGAUGACAAUAAAGCAUCAAAGAAAGGAAAACUAAAAGUUAAUUUAAACGAAGAUUCAAAUUCUGUUCUUGGUGAUUUGAAUGAUGAUGAUAAUGAUGAUGACGAAGAAGAAGAAUCUGGUGAUGAUAGCAAUUUGUAAGAUUAGGAUUUAGAUAAUAUUGAAGCUGAAUACUCUGAAGAAGACGAAGAAGAUGAAAAGGACAAAGAAUUGUUCUAAUAAAAUGUUAACAGCUCAAAUUACUUUGAAAAAAUAUUAAAAAUUAGCAAACAAAAUUUAUCUUAAAUUGAAAAUGUCGAAUUAAUUCAAGAUAUUUUAAAGAAGAAAAAUAUUUCUAAAAUUGACCUUGAAAAGGAAGAAAUAUAUCAAAAUGAUUAAGGGGAAUUUAAAAAGCUUAUUGAUGAGAUGAGCAAAAACUCAAAGGAUGAAGAGUCUAAAUUAUAUCCAAUAACCAAGUUGACCAGAUCUAAAAAUCUAAAUUUAGAAUAGGGAAUAAGUUUACUUAAUUCUAAGAAUGAAAUAUUUUCUAAUUACCUUAUUUGUUUACACUUUUAUAUGCUCUACAAGUUAAAUGGCAUUUCUCUUAAAGAUUCACCUGUAGUCAAAAAACUCAUUUAUUAUAAAACACUCCUUUCUAAACUUAAACCAGUUGAAUAAAAGAUGGAAUAUCAAAUCUCUAAGUUGAUGAAAUUUUCUCUUAAAACAUCUGAAUAAGGAAAAGGAACAAAGACUUCAACUAGUAUUUCCCAAGAUCCUAUUAGUUUUAAGCCUCGCCCUGAAUUGAUAGAUGAUAGUUAAGGAGAAGAAGAUGACUAAGAACAAGAAGAUAUUUCUGAAAAUGUUUCUAAUCUUUCUGAUGAAGAAGAAACUAAAGCCAAAAAGUAGGUGAUAAAGAAGAAACCAGUAGCAAAGUAUGUUGCUCCUAAGACUAUGGCUGUUCAGCAAGAUAAAGCAGAAAGAAGAUUAGAAGUUGAAAAAAAGAGAAGAGAAGCUUAUCUUAUGAGAUAAUUAAAAGCUAAUAUUAACGCUGAUAUCAACGAAAUCAAGAAUGAUAGACCAGUUGUUGAGAGAUUUGCAGAAACAGACAAGAUCGCUAAAAGAGAAAGCGAAAUAUAAAAGUACGAAUUAAAUAAUUUUGUAAGAUUACAAAGAUCUAAGUAAGAUAAAAAGAGAAUUAAAGAAUUUGAAAAAAAUAAAGCAAAACUUGAUAGAAUCGAUGACAUGAGUGAACAAAAAUAUAUUAGAGAACUUUUACACCAUUAAAAGCUUGCUGUUGAUCCUGAAUUUGAAAAAAAAGAAAAAUAAAACUUGCAAUAAACAUUAUAAAAAUAUAAUAAAAAUAAAAACGAAAAAUAAGGUGGAAAUAAAUUUAACAAUGGUGGAAAUAAAUUUAACAAUAGUGGAAAUAAAUUUAACAAAGGUCCCAAACCUACUAAAAAAUUUAAAAAGAAUUGA